AUGAAGUACUCUCUCAUUCUCGCAGCUGCCGCCUCCGGCGCUCUGGCGUCCCUCAACUGCACUGCCACGGCAGAGGUCAAGACCUACUGCUGCCCAGACACCAAGUCUGAGCUCGUCAAGACCGGUCCCGCUGGCGCCCUCAUCAUGAUGGGAUGUGCCGCUGACAACACCAACAAGAACUGGUACUGGAACUAUAACGGUCUCUACACGGCCUACUCGACCCAGUUCAAGGACUGUUUUCUCAACACCAUCCCCUUCAACGACCUCAAGGUCCUUCCCGAUUGCAAGGCAGACACGUAUGUCCUUGAUCUCACCCGCGGCAAGUCCGGCCCCCUCGACAAGUGCAACCCCAACUGCGUCAGCCAGAACAAGUUCCCCGCCAACACCUACUUCGGUGACCGUCAGAAGGAGACCAACAUGGCGUCCGACUUCCCCCGUCCUAACCCGGGCGGCGGAUGGCCUGGCUGGCCGGGAAGGCAGCGCAGGGUUUAG